UUUAAAUAAUAUGAUCAGAGGAUUAAGAUUGUUGUAGAUGAGACCAAUCUUUUACUUUGCUGCUGAUAAGACUCCAGCAACAACUUAAGGCAAACAAUAAUAAGCAAAGCCAAUUCAAGUCUAUAAAGAUGGAUAAUUGAUAACUAAAAAUUAUCUCCAAUUGAAAAAGUCAUAAGAUAUUGAAGGAUAUGUUCUCACCUUGGUCAAGAAUUAUUACAGAACAACCAACAAGGUAAUUAAUCCUCAUAAUAAUCAGUCAGCUUUAACAUUAGAUUCUGAAUUAGAAUAACACGGAUUGGAUAGUUUGGAUUCUAUUGAAUUGUCUAUGCAAGUAAAUACCCAACGAUUAAUUAGAUUGAAGAAGACUUGGGAUACGUCAUCUCAGCUGAAACCUUACCAGUCUUGAAUAAGGUUAGACAUUAUGCUAAUUACAUUAAAUAAGUUGAGCAAUAUAAAGUGGAAAACAACGCUGCUCCAUUGGCAUGAUUAAUAUCAUAUGCAUAUUCAGUAUUAAUACCAAAAUA